AUGUCUCUCUCUCUCCUUUUACUUGAUCACUCGCUCUCUCUCCUGACACUUUUAUUCUAUAUUAUUCACUCUUUCCUCUCUCACUGUUUUUCUUUCACUGUUUUUCUUUCAUUCACCCCUCUUUUUGUUUUUGUCAUUUCUCUCUCUCUUUUUUGCUCUCAUUUCUCUCUCUCUCUUUUUUGCUCUCAUUUCUCUCUCUCUCUUUUUUUGCUCUCAUUUCUCUCUCUCUCUUUUUUGCUCUCAUUUCUCUCUCUCUUUUUUGCUCUCAUCUCUCUCUCUCUUUUUUGCUCUCAUCUCUCUCUCUCUUUUUUUGCUCUCAUUUCUCUCUCUCUUUUUUUGCUCUCAUCUUCUCUCUCUUUUUGCUCUCAUCUCUCUCUCUCUUUUUUGCUCUUUUUUCUUUUUUCUCUCUCUCUCUCUCUUUUUUUUUUGCUCUCUCUCUCUCUCUUUUUUUGCUCUCUCUCUCUCUCUUUUUUUUUUUGCUCUCAUCUCUCUCUCUCUCUUUUUCUCAUCUCUCUCUCUCUCUCUCAUCUCUCUCUCUCUCUUCUCAUCUCUCUCUCUCUCUUUUUUGCUCUCAUCUCUCUCUCUCUCUCUUUUUUUGCUCUCAUCUCUCUCUCUCUCUCUUCUUUUGCUCUCUUCUCUCUCAUUCUCUAG